GCUGGACGAGUCCAGACCCGCCACGUGGUAUCCUUCCAUGUGUUGCGGACCAACGCUAUUCAUCAAGUCUCCAAUACACUGCCCGUUGGAAAAGAAGUGCGCUCUCCUCUCAUUAGCAUUUUAGCUCUCAUUGCUUCGCGGUUAGAGAUCUUCCAGGAAGAUUUUCUAAUCCUCUCCUUCGGUUCUUUCGAUUCGAGAGCUUAGAUCUGUAUCAAACGAACGAGAAAAAGAUCGGAGAAAAGGAAAGCUUUCGAGCGAUGGCUGCUGCUGCGAUUGAAAAUGGAAGUACCUUUAGCUCUAGAAGUCCUUUCAAGGAGUGGAAUGCCCAGAACGAGGAGGUAUUCUCGAUUCGCUCCAGGAUGCUCACGCCCUCCAAUCGAAAGAAGUUCCAGAAUGUAACGGCCCCGGAAAAUAACCAAGUCAGCUGCCAAAUCUCCAAGCUGCAGGAAGGCUUACAAUCUGUUACCUCUUCACUGUCGCUCUUGAGUGACACCAUUGGCAGCGCGCUUGCGGAGUCAUUCACUCUGAUCGAAUCGGAUCGAAACUGUUAUGCUGCAUCACCGCAGAGAUCACCACAGAGAAGUGAGUCAUCAGAUCAAAAUUCUGACUGCAUUACUUACAGCUCCUCGCAAAAGUCUCCGUCAUCUUCAUCAACUGGAACAGAGGAGAGUCCAAAGUUUCAGCUCAAGCCUUCCAGCGAUCUCGCGAUGUCUAUGGCCGCCAAAGCCAAACUUCUACUCCGCGAGCUCAAGACCGUGAGAGCGGAGCUUUGCUUCAUGAGAAACCGGACGUCACAACUAGAAGAAGAGAACAGAAAAAUGCGCGGCAGUAUGAGCAAAGGAAAUGCACCCGAGGAAGAUGAUCUGGUGAGAAGGCAGCUGGAGACCCUCCUGGCCGAAAAAGCUCGGCUUGUACAAGAAAACGCUACAUACAAACGGGAGAACCAGUUUCUUCACGAGGCCAUAGAGUACCAUCAAUUGACAGUACAAGGAAUGGUCUUGCCGGAAUAAAGUGAGCCGCGCUGAGCUAAAUGAGCAACUGGAGUUAGAAGAUAGUUCUAAGCAGAGCCUGAAAGGCAAACUCACCGAAAAACUCCGAAGAGGCGAGCAUCUAGUCUAUCUCCUGAUCGCAAAGGAGACUUUUCUGUCCGGCUUUGGAAGAUGGAGAUCGGCAGCAGGCUCCAUAUCCGUCUUGUCUUCGUCCUGUUCGUAGUCCAUGUCCUCGGUAUUGAGCAGUGUUCUAGUGGGUACAAUCAGCUGGUAGUUCACUGCCGUGAGUGUAUCUUGAUCUGGAGGCAACGCCAAGCCCGGGCCUCCGAUCACCUUUGGCAAUGGUAUGCUGUUGCGCACUUUUGCUAGC